CGCCGCAUACAAAUCUGUCCUCCUUGUCGACCAAUCAGCCGGCUGAUGAUGACGUCGUUGGUUUGAAGGACGAGCGGGCGGCCAACGCGACAAAGUGAGCUCGAGUUGAAAGCUGGCGACAUUCUCGGAAUAUUUGCAAAUCUCGAGCAAGUGUUUUAGUCCACAAUGAGCAGCGUUAAGCCAAUAUUUCUGAGGACUUACGGGAGGAAAAGGCGCAGGUUAACGGCCUGGUUUUCACCGAAGAAGCACAAGCAGGCCUUCGACAGCUCCCUGUCGACACACAGCGACGAUUCCUCAUUUGAACCCGACAAAAAACACAAAAUCAGAGCAAAGAAUUGUUCUUCCAAAGGAAAGUUGGCCCGUCCGACUGGGAGGAAGGCGAAGGAAAACGUCAGCGAUGAGGACGUUUCCGGCGUGCCCCUCCUCUUCUGUCCUCGGCCUGCUCCACGGGCCAAGACGACGAGCAGGACAAAAGUCACAAUUAGGCAAAAGGAGCGGCAGCAUCCGAUUACCAGAGAGAGUGACGAAGAUCUGUCGUCAUCUGCAAAAGGCCGCAAAAAACCACUUCAAAUCAAUACAGCUUCCAAUCUUCCUCAUCCUUCGCUGGGCUGCAAUGUGACUUGUCGUCGGCGCCCCGUCACCACUAAACUCAAAGUGUCAAAGGCAAAAGGCGAUGUUAUCAACUCUUUUGAUGACUUUAUUUCUGAAGAGGAAAGUCAAAUCUGGUGUCCUGACAGGAAGAAAAUGGUCCUCCUAUCAAUGCUAGAUUCAAGUGUGGAGAAUUCCACUAGCAACUUGGACAGUAGCCUCGGACCGCCCCCCAAGAAGCCCAUCUUUUGCUCGACGCCCUCAGCGUGCCUGUCGAGCAAACGCCCCCAUAUUCCUCCCUUCCCCGUCUCCGAUCGAUCCCCGAAGCCCACAUCCUUGUCCGUCAUCUACAUAGGUGCGAGCGCGUGCCCAGAAGACCAGGACUCUCUGAGGCAGCCAUGUUGCGCACCACCCGUAGUGCUUCACUCCGACGAGAAUCAGCAGUCAAGUGUCGGUGAGCCGACGGAAAAAGCACACCCGCCUUUCCACGAAGGACAUUCGUAUGACCUUUAUAUGCACCCGAGGAGUAUGAACGAGACAAGUAGAGACUGCAAGGUGAAGAACAACAACUGUGCGUCGGGAAGCAAACAUCUGCUGACUGCACACAGAGGAAGCGGCAGCUGUUUUGUGUCCACAGUGGAAGACUUGCUCUCACUGACUGAAGUUCUGAAGGAGAAAUGUUUGACCCAGCGCUGCACCGUGCAGGUGAAGCGAUUAGGCAGCCUUACUGUCAGUCAACUUUGCACUAAGACUGCCUACGCCUCCCGCCUUGCUGAUCUUAGCUCAGCUCGCAGAAGGACAACCACUGAGCAGAGUCCCAUUUUCAUUGAUAUUUUAUCAGCACAACAGUCAAACGAGUCUAAUUUAGCUACCGCUGAAGAUGAAGACGGCAGGCGGUCAUCCACAAACGACGAGCCGGAUUCCCAAACUUCAGAUAUUCCCAUCGGCCUUUCGCUAUCGGCAGGAAUUGAAUUCACGGAAGAGUCGACGUCAGCGCAUACUGUUGAAUCCACGCGGCACAGCAACAGCAGCUUUGAGUUAUUCACUUGUGCACAAUUAACAGCCGGCUGUCCUGGGGAAAUGGCAACAGGGGAGCAGGCUGCAGAUGAUACAUUUGAAGGAAACAAGUGCAAAGUUUUGGUUGAACAAUUGGAGUUGGAGGAAAUUAAAAGAGCGAGCUCCCAAAGAUUGUCUGAAGGCCGAUCGAGAUACAACGUUGACACGCAGUCCAGGGCACAGAGCCCCUCGACGGCAUUGGUCCAAAAAUGCCUAACUGACAAACUCGCCGUACAAAUACAAAGACUGACUUCCACACAACUGAAGGAGCUGCAACAAAAAGGCAAACAGUGUAAAUCACUCACAAAUGUUUCAGAUUUGUCCAAUGAGGACCUGACGAGAAGCAAGCACCAGACUGAAACAGACUCUAAUCAUGAUAAGAUUUCAUGCAAGGGUGUAGAAAAGGGCCUGGCUGAUUCUGACAGCUUGGACAAAGAAGCCAACAAAAAAUGCUCUAAAGUUGAUCAACAAGCUUACGGGCCGGUUGGUAAAAAGAAGGUGAAGAGAGUGAGCCUUUUACCGGGCCAGCCGGCGACCACCCGAAAGGCAUGCGUCAGCGGUCUGAGCGUGAGUCGCUGGAAGAACGACGGCAGAAUGCGAACGCCGCGCACGUUCAAGCGGAAGAGCGCGAGGAGGGCUGCCGACUGCACCGUCAACCAUCUGAUCUGGGCUCAACCUGACCAACUGCAGUUGAGCGUGACACGGCGACAACCGCAUAGGAGGGCAGCCCAGCUUCAGGGGCAUACGAUGACUUUGUCCACCCCAGAGAGGACGAGUCCGCUCAAACUGUCGUCGCCGCUGGCCGACUUCACGCCGCGCACGCAGCACUGGAAUCGGCUCAAAGCCGCCCUCUCCGUGCACCGCAAAGUGCUGCUCACGCCGCAGACUUCUAAAAAGCCGAAGCCAACAGACAUCAACCAGCAGCUCAUGUAUGACGCAGAUUUGUCAGAUGCCGAGAAAGUGUACGCUGAGUGCGGCCAGCGGGGUCCGCUGCCCUGGAAGGAGUGCAUUUCCCCACUUCAGAUGAAACGAUGCACCAAGAUUGGGGAGGGGACCUUCGGUGAGGUCUUCUCCACCAGCAACUCGUCAGGAGAAACGGUUGCUCUUAAAGUCAUUCCAUUGGAGGGCAACGAGAAGGUGAAUGGGGAAGACCAGAAGACCUUUGGGGAGAUCCUCCAUGAGAUUAUUAUCUCAAAGGAGUUAAGCAGCCUGAAAGAAAAGCACCAGAACCAGACCAGCAGCUUCAUUGGACUUAAUGAUCUCCACUGUGUCCGAGGCCGCUACCCUCCUGAGUUCCUGAAGGCCUGGGACGCCUUUGAUAGGAAAAAGGGCUCGGAGAAUGACAGACCAGAUUUCUUUGAAAAUGACCAGUUAUUUAUAAUCCUGGAGUUUGAGUUUGGCGGUGUCGACCUGGAGAGCAGCAACCGAACGUUGUCGUCGUUGGUCGUGGCAAAGAGCAUCCUUCACCAGGUGACCGCCGCGCUGGCCGUGGCUGAGCAGCAGCUGCACUUUGAACACAGGGACCUCCACUGGGGCAACGUCCUCGUGAAAACAACAAAGCAGAAGACCGGAAGCUUCCUCCUCAACGGGGCAGCCCACUCCGUGGAAGUUAAAGGGGUGUUCGUCCGCAUCAUUGACUACUCUUUGUCCAGACUGGAAAUUGACGGCCUGACGGUGUCUUGCGACAUCUCCAAUGAUGAGGAGCUCUUCACGGGUCAGGGAGAUUACCAGUUUGACAUCUACAGACGCAUGAGAGAAGAGAAUGGCAACAAGUGGGACAGCUACCACCCUCAUUCCAACGUGCUUUGGCUCCACUACCUGUGCUCCAAGCUGCUCUCCAUGAAGUUCCGCAGAGCCGCCAGCAAGGACGCGCGGAAGCAGCUCACGUGUUUUCGGGACAACAUCCUGCGGUACGCUUCUGCGACGGAAGCGCUCAGAUCGUGCCCCGUGUUUCAGUAACAAUUCUGUCCGGAACAGGUCGGGGCCGGCAAGCGUAAAUCAAGAAGGUGUUCAAUAGUUACGACCCAAACUCUUAGUGUGUGUGUGUGUGUGGGGAACGACGCCGUGAAUUGUGACAUGGAACAUAAUAAAGCCGUAACUUAUUCAAGAAGCGCCCUGACUCAACAAAAGAAAAAGACCAAAUAAAAACAUGUCUGACCUGAUGUUAUUUUUUUUAGGGGGGGUUGGUAAAAGUAGCUUCCCCCAGAUUUUCCAAAGCAAGUCAUUUGUUGAGAACAUGUCAUUAUUUAAGGCACCGGCAACCUUCGGACCCACUCGACAAACAUCGCGUCGUAUUCUGAACACGUCUCUUUUUCGGCUUUGUGAGAUCAUGCGAGAAUUUGAGAUCAGCGGCGGAAGAGAAUCUGUGUGUGGUGUUCUGUGUUGAGAUUAUUGGAGGACACCACACACAAUACAACCAAUACUGUUAACAUCUUAAGAUUUGAAAAGUCCUUGUUUAACAUUUUAAGAUUUGAAACCGGCCUUAGUCUGAAUAAAAAGUUUGGCAUUUCACUAAACGGUAGUUUAGCACUUGUUUUUCUUUGUCCUGAUUCUUGAAUUAGACUGGAAAUGUGAAACUAUACCAUCAGUUUCCUUUCAGCCAUCCAUCCAUUUUCUGUACCGCGUCUCCUCAUGCGGGUCGCGGGCGUGCUGGAGCCCAUUCCGGCUAUCUUCGGGCGAGAGGCGGGGUACUCCCUGAACCGGUCGCCAGCCAAUCGCAGGGCACAUAGAAACAAAGAACCAUUGGCACUCACAUUCACACCUGCGAGCAAUUUAUUCUUCAAUGAACCUAGCGUGCAUGUUUUGGGAUGCCACACAGGCACGGGGAGAACAUGCAAACGCCACACAGGCGAGGCCAGAUUGGAACCCACAACCUUAGGACUGUGAGGCAGAUGUGCUAGCCAGUUGUCCAGCGUGCCGCUCGUUUCUUUUCAUUCAUUCAAAUGAGUAUGCGCGGAGGAUUAACAGGAGACUGGGGAGGUUCAUACAGCUUUAAAAGACCGUAUCCAAUAUGUGGUCGCGACUUGUGGGAUUUCACUUAUUGUGGGGGUGGUCCCCAGCAAAUGUGACCGUGUUGAAGUGCCCUUCAGCAAGAUACUGAAGCCCAAGUUGCUCCCGAUGCUGUCAUUGGUGGGUGAAUGACGUGACAGUGUUUAAGUACUUUUGAAGGUAGAAAGGGGCUAUAUUAAGUGAAAGUCCAUUUAAAAAAUAAAUAAAUAAUAAUUAAAAAAAAAAAACGUAAGUAACUUAUCUCACUUGUGUUACUGCCUUUAAAACAUUUUUUACUGUAUUGAACUUCAAAAAAUCAUUGCAAUUCUUUCCUCAAACCAACUCAGUAUGGAGGGCAGCCGCCGAGCUCACCCAUUUCCCCCCUUGUGCCGCUCUGUUGCCAUGGAAACCCCAUUCAGUCAAUGAAUUGUCUUUACAUUUUUAUUCGAGUUGAAUUAAAUAAUCUGCAGAAGAAAUAUACAUGUUGAAAAGGGAUAGGAAGAAGUCAUUCAAACUUUUGAAUUCCACACGGCGAGUCCUAAAGGGCUCCAUGUUCAAAGUCAUCAUACAAUCUGUCAAAACCCAUGGAGACGGCUCUCUUUGUCAAGCUGAUCUGGUUAAGAAGGUGCAGCAUCAUUCAAAACAACAAGAAAGUAACAAUCGGUGUGACUGCUGAUCUUAUAGGACACACAACAGAAAGAAUCUGUGGGUCAAUAAACAAGGAAAAAAGAAUAAAGAGAGAGAGUCCAUUCCAUUCAGUAUUUGGAUUUUUACAAUUCUGCAAACUGUUAACAUUGGUUCUUAUCGGUGCCUUUUUUUUAAUAAAAAUUCCUCUGUUGAAACGGUUUGUGGAUUCUAGAGGACAAUGUACAAUUUUAUUUUGUCGAACUUUUCCUGAUUGUAUAUGUAUAUGCACACAAAUGGAAUAAACUUUUUCUCAUGCUUA